AUGGUAAAAAAGGUUCUGGAUACAAGAGAUAAGAAAAUAAAAGUAAAUUUAGACAAACUCCUUAACAAAAGGGAGAAGGCAAUGAAGGCUGGUGAAACUGCUAAUAGUGACUUAUUAGGUAUACUAAUGGAAUCCAAUUUUAGAGAAAUUCAAGAACAUCAAAAUAACAAGAAUAUUGGAAUGAGUGUCAAAGAUGUCAUCGAAGAGUGUAAGCUAUUCUAUCUUGCUAGCCAAGAGACGACCUCAGUUUUGCUUGUAUGGACAAUGGUCCUGCUAAGUGAGCAUCCAAACUGGCAAGCUCGUGCAAGAGAAGAGGUUUUACAGGUUUUUGGGAAUAAAAAACCAGAAGCUGAUGGAUUAAAUCACCUAAAAAUUGUUACCAUGAUUUUUCAUGAGGUUCUUACGUUAUACCCACUAGUAGAAAUGCUUGCUAGAGCUAUUUAUAAGGACACUCAAGUGGGAGACAUGUGUUUUCCAGCUGGAGUGCAAGUCGUGUUGCCCACCAUCCUAGUUCACCAUGAUCAUGAAAUUUGGGGGGAUGAUGCAAAGGAGUUUAAUCCAGAGAGGUUUGCAGAAGGAGUUUUGAAGGUAACAAAAAACCAAGUUUCAUUUUUCCCAUUUGGUUGGGGUCCUCGGGUAUGCAUUGGACAAAAUUUUGCAAUGAUGGAGGCAAAAAUAGCUUUGGCAAUGAUCCUACAUCACUUCUCAUUUGAACUUUCGCCAUCCUAUGCUCAUGCUCCUUUCAGUAUCCUAACUAUGCAACCCCAAUAUGGUGCACACCUGAUUCUACGUGGGCUUCAGUGUUGA